GCGUUUCCUCGACCUCCGCGAGGAAGACACGUGGGAAAAGCGUAAUGCGCCUGCGCGGAUAUAGGCUGCAGCAGUGGGCACUGGGCAGCAGCAGUGACUAGACAAGCGCUUUAUCGACACAAGCAAAGCACAGGUGCCGAAUAACCAAGCAAAAUGCUUUUUUAAACAAUCGCACGUCUCAUCCCGAAGCCAGAGAGUAAGUUUCGCUUUCGACACCUCCCAUCUGAUCAUUUGAAUGCGGUUUUAAGAAGCUGUGAGAUGAAAGCCGGGCAGUGGCUCGCACAAAGAAGACACAGGCUAUAUGCUAGUGCUUGUAGCAAGUGUAGAAGCAGAGGUACCAAGACAGGCUGAGAUCUCAUUCUGAUCACCUUUUAGAUCGGUUGGUAGUUUGAUGGGGGUUAAACGAGCACGACGACCGGAUACAUCUUGUCUAGAGGGCAGAUGGGCGCUACAGUGACCCUAAAUUGUUGUGAUGAGGAGUGAGAGUCCAAUGUUGCAUUAGUCUCAUUGUGACAUGCUGGCCUGUCUGCCGGUAUCAAACCCCUCCCUCCAGCUUCUCUCGCACACGCAGAUGAACACUGGACUUCAGAAAUGGGACACUACACAGAGGAUGAGAUCAGCACACUAUCCUACCCCAGCGGAAUUGGAUGCCUAUGCUAAGAAAGUUGCCAAUAACCCACUGACUAUAAAAAUCUUCCCCAAUAGCGUGAAAGUACCUCAGAGGAAGCAUAUUCGCCGCACCGUCAACGGUCUCGACACCUCCAGCCAGCGCUACAGCCCCUACCCACCUCAGGUCAACACCCGGACGGGCCUCUUGGCCAUUGUCAAAGUCCCGGUCAAAGGGAUCCUCAAGGACAUCGAAGGCGGCCGAGCCCGUUUUCUCCCUAAGCUCAUCAUGAACCCGCACAGUGGGCUUUACGCCAAUCCCAGCACUUUAAACGUUCCUCACACUGUUCCCCACCUUCAGACUCCUUUAGGCCAGAAGAGUCUCGCUCACUCUCAGGCCUUGCAGGCCCACCCGCAGUCCCUGCAGCAGAAGAGCAGUUUACAACCACACCAGGAGGCUUUACAUCAGAGCCAGGCUCACCAACCGCCAGUACCGCACCACGCCCUAAACCACCAACAGACUCUCAUGCAGCAGCAGCCACAGUUGCCUGGUCCGCAAGGACUCCGGCAUCUGCCGGACAUGGCACAAUCGGUGAGCCUGCAGCACUCCCAGGGCUUCUCCCAAUCCCAGGCCUCUUGCGCCGGGCCUCCGGCUCCUGGGGUCUUACAGCCCCCUCUGGCAGGCUUACAGAUGCCACGCAAGCUGCCCGACGCCGACGCCCCUCCCAAUGUGACUGUGUCUACCUCAACCAUCCCGCUGUCCAUGGCUGCCAGCCUGCACCAGAACCGGCCCAGUGACCUAAGCAGCAUCGUCAAUCAGAUCAACCAGUUCUGCCAGGCUCGGGCUGGCAUGGGCUCUACCUCCAUGUGCGAAGGACAGAUCGCCAACCCCAGUCCCAUCAGCCGCAACCAGCUCAUCAAUGCGAGCUCUAGGGUGUGUACUCAUCCCAGCGUGGGUCCUCCGCCUUCUUGCAUCCUUGGUAACUCUGACAAGGUUGGUCCUGCUCCUGACCUCUCUGCCAUGAACAGGAUGCCUCUUUACCACAGUGACAUGAAGCAGCAGCAUUCCCAGCCACAGCAACAACGUCAGCAGGGCCCUUGGGGCCAACACCAGUUGGCGCACCUUCAGCACCUUCCGGAGGGCAAGAAUCUCCCUAGAGAGGGUCUAGGAUUCCUCACCAAGAACAUGGGCUACCCGCAGGAGGUGUGCAUGGCGCAGCCCUUCAACUUGAAGCCCUCUACCGAUAAACCAACGCCAUCUCCUCCGGUCAACGGGAUGCCCAUGAGCUACAGUAACGGCCACUACAUGCAGCCUCCCUGGAACAACAUCCUGCCCACGCCAAACAGUGACAGCUCAGGGUCUCAAGACCUGGUGGGGCCGUUCCACGGGGGCCUCUCAGGGGCCUCCAUAGACUGCACCCCCGGAGCACAGUACAGGACCGGGGCAGCCAUUUCCAGCCAGACGAACCUGAUGCAGACCAUGGAGUACAUGGGCGGUGACUUCCAGGCGCCCUGCUUCCGGGCACAGAAUCCUGGCACGAUGGCUAAGAUGCAUAGAGCCUCAGUCAGCAGGGCCACAGAUUCAGGUGAUAGUAGAAAUGUGCACAUCCACCACCCAGGGUACAGAUGAGCUGCGGCCAGUCAGUGUUAGUUUGAGCGCAAGGAAAGAAUUCCCCCCUCUUCCCGUUUUGUCUAGCAAGUGAUCUACUGAAUGUUUCCUGUACAAUGAUUUAUGUGGCUACCACAAAGCUGAACCCUCAUGUGCCACUUGGAUUUUUUUUUUUUUUUUACUUUUAGUAGUUCUUAAAUAAGUAGCUUUUGGAAAACACUGUAGGCAUUUAUUUAUUUUAGUCUGUUUUAAUUAUUCCAGAAAACAGCCAUAACAGCUUCAGUUUAUGAGAUCAGCACUGUUUUUUCUCCAUUCCUAUCUGGUCUGUGUUAUCCAAAUGAAAAAUGUACCACACAACAUAUAUCCGCUUUCUCUUGUUGAUUAGCAAAUGUCCGUUAUUUAAAAAGCAGAGAAGACGUUCUCCGCAAACGCCAUUUGUUUGUAGUUUAGGCCUACUUGAGAUUUGAAGUACUAACUCGAUGAAGACAUUUAAGGGGUGCCAUGAAACUGAAAUAUUUGGCUGUUCCAUCUAAGCUAACAGCUUGUACAAUGUAUAGAGGUUGAUUUUAUUUUUGUUCCUCUCAAUGUUUACAUAUUGUGCUUUUUGUAACUAAUUCUGAAUCGAUAUGAAAGUGCAAACUGAUACUGGGAUAUGCACAUAUGACAAGACUGUUUCUUUUCCAGACUGUUGAACACGAAUCAGGUUAAAGUCUUAGAUGGAAAUGUUACACUAGGGCUGAGUCAAGCCACAUUGUGUACAAUGUUAAUCCUUCCCUUGAAGUGUCAGCUAAUGCACUAUCCUUUUUAUUCCCCCUUUUUUUUCUCCUCAACUAUCCUAUUAGAUUUCAGUUUAAAUGGAGACUGCUGUAGACUGAAAUUGCUUCGGGACUUGUGCUGUGCCCUAAUUGCAUAGCUUAGGGUUUUAUUUUGUCUUUCAACUUAAUUGUUACUACUUGAAUCUCAUUGGAAAGAGACGGUAACGGCAGGCUUCGACUCACUACAGGACCGACCCAAAGCUACCUUUGGGAGGAGCGUCAUCAUCCGCUCGCAUGUUAGUUCGUCGUUAAUGGAAAGACGUCCUUGACCAUAAUUGGAUGACGGAAGUGUGUUGAUGUAAGCGCAAUAUAAAUGAGCACCACGGGCUAGCCUGUGGCUUUACUGCUGUGCUACUGUAACUGAGAGGUGUGAUUAGCCGGUGUGAAUGCUGUGUGUCGGGGCGGAUUGGCUCCCUGCUUUUGCUCCAUCAUUAACACCAUACCGCUCUUCCCUGGCGGGAUCACUUCCAUCUCCGUCACACGCUGUUGUGUCAGCUGAAGCCUGCCACUGCAUUUUCCACCCACCUUAGGCACUUGAUGUGUCAUGUCGGUCUUAUCUAAAAUAGCUGAAAUGCACCGCCGGUGACAGUCUAGGUCUGUUCGACGGGAAAUAACCUAAACAAAAGACGCAUUUUAAGUUCUGUGAAUUCCAUCCCGUGCUCCACGGUUUAACUCCCAUGGAGAGUUUCUCUCUUUCUCAGGUCUACCUGUGCCUCUUCUCACAUUCUCCCUUGACUUUUACGUCGAAUGAGUCUCUCCACCUUUAUCAGGGCAGGCCAUCUGGCAGUGGAGCAUGGGUAUUGUCAGACUUUGGUGGAGCAACUGCAGACGAGCGAAUGGGUGGAGCUGUGACACCCAGUAUCAUAACCUCCCUGUUUGCCCCUCAGAAGCCUUAAAUAUUUGAUCCUUGAACUGUCCUUGACUAUAGGCAUGGUGUAGAAUAUAAAUUCAUAUUUAGUUAAAUUUGUUUUUGUAAAACCAUCAAUCGGGGGAGUGAACUCCCGAAAGAGUUUUUUUUUUUUUUUUUUUUUUUUUUUUUUUGUAUUUAGCAAUGUAUGUGUAGUACUGGGCUGUAACACCACAUCAUGUUAUGUUUCCCACGCUAGCAUCUUUAUUUGCUCUGUUUACCAUUGCAGCAGUUUCCUCAAAUUUGGAAGCGAGAGCUCGACUACAAGGUUUGCGUCCAGGCCUAGUUUAAGCUUUCACAUUAGGAUACGUUGCCCAUGAAGCUGCUAUUUUAUUCUGACUACAAAAAAGUUAUUUCUUAUAAAUGUUGUGAGGAUAGAGUUAAGAUCUAAUUUAUAUUAUGCCUUUUUUUGCAAUGCAAUAUUGUUAGUAGGUUGAGCGUCGGCAGACGUAAUAAGUUAUUCCAUUUGCCUGUCGACCGUGUCAUUGUAAAGCUUGAACGUUUAGACUUCCUGUAUUUCUUUCGAUCCUCUUUUCAUGCCUUGUUACAGCUCAAGAGUACAAAGUCAGGUUACUCUUUUAAUAGUUACUAUCUCUAUGUGAAGUGCCUCCUCUGGGCUGAUGUGGACCGUGUGUAUGUGACCAUUGGGAUGGAAAGUGGACCGGCGCUAGCGCGCAUUCCGUCGAAGUCGUGCACCGCUCACGAACGGGGGACCGAGCUACUUAAAAAAAAAAAAAAAAAAAAAAAAAAACUACUGAUAUCGUUCAGAAAAAGAAAAAAAAACGAACACCGUGUGCUGCUGCAGGUGCAAGAUCUGUUCGGAUGUGAAUAGUUGCUGCUGAAUCACUAGUUUAGGUGGCGCGAGCUACGCUGCUGAACUCCUUAGUGUCCUUGAAACAUUCGAAGGAAUGCUCUGGAAAGUUCUUUGUCUUUUGGAGCACAUGCACUCCUGCCCCCAUCACCCUGCUCCCUUCCCUCCCACAUCCCACUCCCCUUCCCCAAAACAACACAAUGGCAGUUUUGGACUACAGGAGUGUGUGUUAGGAGUUGAGUGUGUCUCAUCUUGUUCCACCAAAGAACAAAAUGUCACUUGAAUGGUAGCAGUGCGCACCUGUUUUUGUGUAACCGAAAACUGUCAUUCCAGAUACACAUUUUUUCAGGAACGUGUUGCACAAACAUUCCCCUCUAACCAAAAUAAAGUUUGACUUGCAUUUGCAAAGUGUGUCAUGUCUGUUUUUGUCUUCUUCUACAGUUGAACGUUUCUGAUUUCUGUGUACUGUAACCAAACUGGUUAUAUAAGAUUUAUUUAGUAAGUAAUUAUUUUGGAUUAAUAAGACAAAUGUCAGACGCCUAUGUUUAAGUGCAAUCUCCUUUCAUUUUUUUGUGUUUCUUAAAGGGAUGGUUCACCAACAAAAAUAAAAAAUUUUUCAUUGAUUACUCACCCUCAUGUCGUUCCAAACACAAGACCUUCGCUCACCUUUGGAUCACAAAUUAAGAUAUUUUUGAUGAAAUCCGAGAGCUUUCUGACCCUGGAUAGAUCACAACGCAACAACCACGUUCAAGGCCUAGAAAAAUAGUAAGGACAUCAUUAAAAUAGUCCAUGUGACAUGAGUGGUUCAACUGUCAUUUUAUAAAGUUUUAUAAACAGUUAAUUGUCUGUAU